AUGAAUAAUCAAGAUAUCUAUAAAUUAUAUCAUACUAAUAGUCAAGGAGAAACCUUAUAUGUUGAUAACCAAGGCUGGGUUUUCAAUAUCGAUGAUUUCAAAUACCCUGUGCUAAAGGGUCAUCUAACCGACAUAAGCUUAAUGAACUCGAUGGGUGCUUUAACUUUAAAAUCCUAUCAAAUUGAAACCCCAAAUUUAAUUUCCGCUCAGCAUGCAUGCACUUUCUGUGGAAAGGCAUUUCAGUAUCCAAGCACGUUAAAAACUCACUAUAAUUCUCAUACUGGGGAAAGACCAUACGCGUGUCAAUUCGAAGGAUGUGGAAAAUCUUAUACCACAAGUAGUAAUCUUCUUCGUCACAGAAAAAACCAUAACUAA